UAGUAACCUGCUUGCUCUCGAGGUCGGGGUUAGUUGGCUCGUAGACAUUACCGUGGGGAGGUUGCCCGUGGUUGCGUUUGGUAGCGGGCGAGCGGUAAAAUGAGGGGCUUCGGGCUGGUCACCCUGUCCGCCGUGCUGCUGAUAAUAUGCGGGAGAGAAACGGAGGCAUCAGCUCCAGUUAUUUUAACAAGCCCCGUAGAAACGGUGGAAGGGGCUAAUGCAAUCCUGAGCUGUAAUCUGACCGAUGUUACAUUACCUAUUGCUGGUCACCAGUGGCUGAAGGGAAGCAAGGUGAUCCUGGAAGACGAAGAGGCAUCCCCGUUGAUGACUUACAAUAUUACAGAAGUGAAUCAUGACAGCUCUGGGCAGUAUACCUGCAAGUUCCUCACUACUCCUGAAGUCAGUGAGGUCAUCAAUGUGACGGUUGCUCCUCAUGUUGUUGCAUACAAGAAAUCUGAACAUGGUAACGAAGGUGACACUGGUGUGCUGACAUGCAAAAGCAGCUCAUUCCCACCUGUGGAACAGUGGACAUGGUACAUGGCGUUACCAGAAGAAAAUAAGCCCAUAGUGAAUGGAAGUGACGAUCGUUACUUCAUAAAGUCUAGUGGCAACAAGACAGAGCUUCGCAUCCUCCAACUGGACAUUGAGAGAGACCAGGGUAACUACAUAUGCAACGGCUCCAACAUACUGGGCAGCACUGGUGCUACAGUCUCCCUGCGUGUGCGCAGUCGCUUGGCCGCCCUCUGGCCCUUCCUAGGCAUUGUAGCUGAAGUUCUGAUCUUGGUCACUAUCAUCUUCAUCUACGAAAAGAGGAGAAAGCCUGAUGAAGUCCCUGAUGAAGAUGAAGGAGCUGCACCAUUGAAAAGCAAUGCUGGCCCAAACCAUGAUAAUGCUGUGCGCCAGAGGAACUCCAGCUGAGUCACGCGGAUGAAUCUGGAGAGCAGACUAAUCAUGCUCAAACUUUGCUCCCAGAAGAUUUUCCUGAUCCUCCACAGUGCCACAUAGCAUCCAUAACCGCAACCAUAAUACCCUUUCUGGUCUAUGUGCUUUGAUCAGUUUUUUUUGGUAUCAUUGAGAUUUUCUUUCUACUUGACAUACCCUAUCACGAGUUUAUAGCUGUUAAUGCAUCAAUUUGUGCAAAAGUUAAACAUUUCUUAUGUUUAAUUGUCCAUUUUGUAAAUGGCUAUAAUCUGCCACCUUGAGAGAAUUUAGGAUCUGCUUUUUGUAAAUCCAGUAGGUUUUGGAUUUUCCCUGCUGUAGUUCAUACAAUCUGCUGUGAUGGGCCACGAGUUGUUUGUCUUUUAUAUUUUUGUGUAUUUCAAGAUCCUUUAGGAAUAAUGUGCAUUGAAGACAUGAUUGAACUUUUUUUUUUUUUUUGGAAGGCCAUGUAAUAGGCACCCCAGUCCUCUGGGUAUGCACAUCUUGACUUAUAUUGUGUCUCUGCAACACUGGAUUGUAAAAGUUGUAUGUGAUAAAUUACACCAAUAAAUUUUUCCCUUUUA